CAAUAAUGUUUGAUAACGGGUCCGUUGUCAAGCGUUUGCCUGGCCGUGAAAAGAUCUCUCUUAACCCACUGGAAUUCCGUGUUGGCUGUGAUACUGAACAGCUAGUAAGAUGUCGAACAGUGACUGGCCAAUCACUGCUGUUACUGUGGUGACUGAUCCAUCAAAGUGUCCUGCUGGAUACACUAUUAUUGACAAAACAUAUGAUAAAAGAGAUGAUGCAGACCUUUGGAGGGAUGGGUAUUUCGGCAAGCGUAUUUGUCGUUACAUGUGUGUGGAGAGAUCUGCACCCUCUGUAGGUAAAGAUGUACUGGUAGAUGUGGCUAUCAUCAAUGAGAGGGAUCCCAUUCCUGCUGGCUUUACCUGUAUAGACUUCACUAGUGACUCACGUGAGAAGGCCAUGAAGAAGAAAAUGCUGUGUGUGAGAUACAUGUCCUGCACUCUUACUAAUGAUGCCAUUGCUGAACUCAUAAUCAUGUCUAAGGGUGUGCGGCGUCCUCCUAAUGGCUACAAUCUAGUAGGAGAGCUGAAUAACAUGGCACUUUGUUUCAAGAUGGCAACGUUUCGUUCUCCGACUGCAGAAACCCAACAAAACAAUGUAGCUCAAUCAUACAUGCCAACCACACCCACCUACACAACAGAAUCUCCCCUCAAUCACAUGGCGGGUGUUGGAACAGCUCUACCGUAUGCAAUCAACCCUACAACAAACCAUGCUAGACCGGGGCUCGACAGAACCAACAGCAUAGCUGGCAUAGGCAGUAACCAUCCACAAAAUCAUGCGUACAGUGGUUCCCAACAGGUGGUACAAGCAUUGUCUGGUGUGCCCUGGCAGAUAAACUCACGUUAUACGGAUAUAGCCAGGCUACAGGAUAUAAUGAUUCCUCAGAUUGGUUACAAGUCCAUCAUGGAUAUUGAAAAUGAGUAUUCCUACACAUUCAACAUAGAAAGAUCAGUCUCAGCCAAUAGCUUUCAGUGAUUGGUCAGUUUUGAAGGUCAAAGUACAUAAGUUGAAAUUAAAGCCUGCCACAGUCACAUGUUAUUAUGAGGAAACUGAACUACAAAAGUUUGUAUUUGUACCAGCUAGGAUUUGGAAGAGCAUUUCAAUGCAUCUACAUGUGUGAUCCUUCUACCAUGGUUUAACUUCCUACUGUGGACCUUGUGAAAACCAUGUAUAAACCAAGCCGUGUUACCAUACAGUACAUUGUAGACCUUUCUGAAACUGGGCCAGGUUAUCAUACUGCCAUAGUAAAUAUGUAUUGUAGGCAUUUCAGGUACUAGACUGCGUUGUUACAAAAUACACAUUGUAUUGGAGACUUCUCAGCCACGUAGACCAGAAAAAGUCAUGCUAUGUAUUGUAGGCAGGUGUAAUGAGACAAGUCAGUGCAAGCUUUGUAUAUAUACCCCGGUACCAUGUAGUUAGAUAUAGGAAAUCAUGCAAGCAUCAGAUGUGUACCCGUCUACCUAGAUGUCCAUGGACUAAAAGGUCUAUUCAAUAUGUAGAUGGACACGAACCUGGUAUUCCGAGGGAAACAAAGUCUAUCCAAACUGUGAAGGGACGCCUCCCUGGUGUCUGGGCAGAAAUAAAGUCUAUCCGAUCUGUGAAGGGACGCUUCCCUGGUGUCCGGGGAGAAAUAAAGUCUAUCCGAUCUGUGAAGGGAUGCUUCCCUGGUGUCCGGGGAGAAAUAAAGUCUAUCGGAUCUGUGAAGGGAUGCUUCCCUGGUGUCUAGGUAGUGCAAACAAAGUCUAUUCAAUCUGUGAAGGGGACACAACCCUGGUGUCCAGGGGAAACAAAGUCCAUCAUAUCUGUGAAGGGACGCUACCCCAGCGUCCGGGGAGGAACAAAGUCUGUCCUACCUAUGAAUGGAUGCUACUCUGGUAUCCAGGGAUACAACAAUCUGUCUGACCUGUGAAGGGACACUACCCUGGUGUCAAUGGGGAAACAAAGUCUGUCCUACCUAUGAAUGGAUGCUACCCUGGUAUCCAGGGAUACAAAAAUAUGUCUGACCUGUGAAGGGACACUACCCUCGUAUCAAGGUAUAAUACUGAGUCUGUUCGAUCUGUGAAGGGACACUACCCCGGUGUUCGGGGAUACAAAAUCUGUCCAAUCUGUAAAGGGAUACUACCCUGGUGUCAAAGGGGAAACAAAGUCUGUCCUACCUUUGAAUGGAUGCUACUCUGGUGUCCAGGGAUACAAAAUCUGUCAAAUCUGUAAUGGGACAUUACCCUGGUAUCAAGGUAUAAUACUGAGUCUGUUCGAUCUGUGAAGGGACACUACCCUGAUUUCCGGGGAUACAAAAUCUGUCCAAUCUGUAAAGGGACACUACCCUGGUAUCAAGGUAUAAUACUGAGUCUGUUCGAUCUGUGAAGGGACACUACCCUGGUUUCCGGGGAUACAAAGUCUGUCCAAUCUGUAAAGGGACACUACCCUGGUGUCCGCGGAUACAAAAUCAGUCCAAUCUGUAAAGGGACACUACCCUGGUGUCCAAGGGGAAACAAAGUCUGUCCUACCUUUGAAUGGAUGCUACUCUGGUGCCCAGGGAUACAAAGUCUGUCCAAUCUGUAAUGGGAAGUAAUUGAUCAAUGCUACACUUGUAUCCAGGGGUCGCAAUAGCCUACCAAUAUGUGGAUGGACAUUAUCAGAGUUUCUGCAGGAAAACCUUGUUAGUUUGUACAACUUAAGGUCCAUUAUUAUGUACCUGACUGUGUGGAAGGAUGCAAUGUCUUCAGUUGCUAGCAAUUGCCGUUUUUGUAUAAAAAAUGAACAAUGUAAAUUUAAUAUUCUUAAACCAGGAAGGUACCUGGUAAGUGUUUUAAUCCAUGAAGCUAUUAUCAUAAUAGCACACUGAUUUGACAUGUUUAUGUUAUACACAUAGCAGUAUCUUCUCCAUAACCUAACAUAUUUCUACCACCAUCCCCCAAGUAAAAUGUGAAAAUUGUAAUCUCACGAGAAUUGAGCAUGUAUUGAGAAAGUCUGCAAUAUUACAUUUUCAGAUUUUUUUUUUAUUAAGUGCCCUCAAAAUCAUUUUCUUAAUGGUUUGAGAUGUCUAAUACAAGAAACAUAGGACACGUUCAUCUCCAGGGGUGCAGGAUAGGAAAAUUUUAUCAGAGGGGUUUCUAAUUGUGUGAAACCCAAGGUAUGUCAAGGGUUUUGCCCCAUUUUGGAAAGCCAGAGGGCAGAACUUCCCUCUCCUGCUCACCUGGGCAUAAAACCUUUGUUUCUAUCAUUCCAAUUGUCAGAAGAAGCUCAGAAACCAAAAAUAGAUGUUUGACCAUUUGAAAAAUUUUGCCUUUUUCCCGGAGCUUUUUUGGCAGAAAAUUGACUAGUCAGUGAAAUUAUUCAAACCCCAUUUUGCCCAUAUUUUCAGCAGAAAAGAAAGAAGUUCUAUCAUUCUGACUUGUAUAUACAUUUGUAGUUGAUAGAUUUUUUUUUUUAUUUCAUCACAUUAGCAGUUUCAGCAUUAUGUUCUCUGACUUUUCCUGAUUUUGUUAUGUCACUUCAUUUUUGUCUCUUUGUGAUGUCAUAUACAUGAGAUGUGGUGUAAGUGGCUAAGUAUCAUGUGGAAUGGUUUUAGAAGUAUAUAAACUCUCCACUAAAAGCCCUUGUACUCCUAUAAGUGAUGAAAUAUGUCUUAUUCAAUCUUCGCCACCCAGUAUUAAUUUUACAUUAAAAGACACAAUAUAUUGAUAUGCUCCUCAUAAUGCAUUAACUACAGAAUAUUUCACAUUGCUCUUAUCUCUGUGUUCUGAUAUACUGGAUGAGACAUUUUGUAUACAUUUGUACUUUACUGUAAGUUUUGUGUAAUGGAAUGAGGCGUUGUGACCAUAUACAGUAAAAACUUAGGUGUGAAGAGUCUGGUCUCUUGUUUCCAGAGACAAAAAAUGCCUCUUACAUGUUAAGAUUUUUUUCAGGAAUGAAGUAACAGAAAUUGUCAUUUAAAUGUACAGACAUAGAAAUACAUUUGUAUUAACAUCUGAGUUCCCAUAUAAGAAUCUGAAUUCAGGAUGUGUCACAUCUACCAGAUAAUUAGCUGGGAGAGCUUCAUCACUUACCAUAUACAGUAAAUUAUCACGUUUAUAGAGCUUAACCUGAUUUAGGUGUUAAAUGUGUUUUUUUGUGUUUUUUUUUAGCUUUUAAGUAAAUUGUUUAAUUUACUUCCAUUUUGAUAGUGAUUGCUUCUUUAAUUUCUGCUUUUCCAUAUAUAAUUAAUGACACAUGUAAAUUAAUGAAUUGAUGACACCUGGUUAAUGGACUAAUUAUGCAUGUACCUGUGACUUGAAUUAUCGGUUUAUGUCACCUGUCUGACAGGCUGUGACUUCAUUAAUUAAUUGAAGACAAUUGUGACUUGAUGAAUUGAUUGAUGACACCUGUGACUUGAUUAAUUGAUUGAUGACAACUGUGACUUGGUUAAUUGAUUGAUGACAACUGUGACUUUAUCAUCUGAUUGAUGACACAUGUGACCUGGUUAAUUAAUUAAUGACACCUGUGACUUGGUUAAUUGAUUGAUGACACCUGUGACUUAACCAUCUGAUUGAUGACACCUGUGACUUGAUCAUCCGAUUGAAGACACCUGUGACUUGGUUUAUUGAUUUAUGACACCUGUGACUUGGUAAUUGAUUGAUGACACCUGUGGCUUGGUUAAUUGAUUUUAGACACCUGUAACUUAGAUAAUUAACUGAUGACACAUGUGACUUGGUUCAAUGCUUGAUGAUACCUGUUCCCAAGUUAAUUAAUUGAUGACACAUGUGACUUGAUCAUUUGAUUGAUGGUACUUGUGACUUGAUGGUUUGUUGGAAACUGUGACCUGAUGAAUUGAAUGAUGGUACUUGUGACUUGGUUUAUUGAUUGAUGACACCAGUGACCAAGUUAAUCGAUUGAUGACACAUGCGACUUGGUUAACUGACUGUUAACACCUGUGACUUAGUCAUUGAUUCAUAACACUUAUGACUUGAUUGGUUGAUUGAUUGAUGACACCAGUAACUUGGCUGAUUGAUGACACCAGACCUUCAACUUGGUUACUAGGUAAUUGAUGAUGACAUGUGUGACUUUGCUGAUUGAUGACACUUGGUUACCGGGUAAUAUUGAUGACAAUUGUGACCUGGUUAAUUGAUUGAUGACACAUGUGACUUGAUUCAUUGAUUAAUGGCAUCUGUGAAAGACAAAGACGUAUAUGAGAAUGACUGAGUGACAAGAGUUAAAGAAGGAGUAAUCUACAUAAAGGAUUUAAUAUGUAGGUGAAGACAGCUUGACAGGAAAGGAUUUUAUUGAAAUAUUUUAUCUGCCUAGAAUUAGUUAGCUCCAAUAAAUUAAUGAAUUAUUCACAUAAUGAUCAAGACUUGAUCUAUACCAGUAAUAAUUUCAUCAAUUAUACAGUCUCGGUAAUUAUAAAUCACGGUAAAGUGUGACAAACUUUCUUUGUCAUACAUUCUGAUGUGUGAAUUACCUGGUAAGUAAACCCCACAAAAUAUGCAUAUUUGAAGAUGUUUAUAUAUCUUACAAAUAAAAAAAAAAUCUGAAGGACUGUGGUAGUAUGAUGAAAUUAUUACUGGUAUAGAUCAAGUCUUGAUCAUUAUGUGAAUAAUUCAUUAAUUUACUGUUCACUUAAAAAAGAGUUAAUAAUAUCAUAUCUACCUUGUAUACAACUGUGAUGUAUACCAAUAAAAGUUAAAUAACUGCCUGUAAAUAGAAUUUGUUGCAGCAAAAACAAGUUUCAAAACAUUCUUCUUAAUUAAUGCAUAAUAAAAAUUAAAAAUAUAGCUGCAUUAUUGUAUGCAUUAUGCUGUUGUUCAUGACAGUGUUAUUGACACUCAUAUUUGUUAAUUAUAUCCUGAUAUUUUAAAUGAUGCACUAUUACAACAACAAGGGGGUGUAUUAACCCGGAAUAUCGGUUUAAAACAGACAAAAAAACACUUAAGGAGAUACAUUUGUAUGCAGAAAAAAUUGUCUAAUAUAUGUAGUCACUAUUUAGGUACAGACAUCUGUUGUAGGGUUACUAGUCUAUCCCAGGUCCUAGUAAUUUCAGUUUUUAGUUUCAGUUUUCUCAGUUUUUAAAUUUAGAAUGAAUUAUCAAAUGGAUUUUCAAUAAUUAACACAUUUUGCUUACAAAAAGGGAUUCUUUGACCAGUACAAAUAAGUACACAACUCUAAAUGUUGACAAUAUUGUACAAGAAAAGUAACACUUUAAUCAAAAUAGUGAAUUUUGUAGCUGUUAACAGGAAUGUUUUCAAAGAUUUUAAUUAGGAUGUCUAUAUUCCUGGAAAAAAUCACAUGUAAAAUAUUGAAGUAAGACUUGUGAGAUCUGUUUCCAAAAAGAUGUGAAAUAAAAUGAAGUUUGACAGACUACGUGCAGGGGGAAUUUUAUUUCAAAGAUCAGAAAGAAAGCUUAAAAGUUUCCCCCUUGAACAGCUACUCUGAAACCUUAGAUUACAUUUGGUAUAAAAAAAACGGAAUAUCUGUUCUAAUAGCUCUGUAUACACAAUGGCUUCUUCACGCCUCAUACAGUCUUUUCAGAGGUAGUCAUGUACAGAUAGAAUUGAACGUAAAACUAAAUGAGACCGAAACAUUGUUAGUGUAUGCUAUGGUUCUGUGUUGAUGGAAGCUCAGUAGUGCUACAGGAACUUUUAGGGUUGCUUCGAUUUAGUCCGCUAUUAUGUAUGGAAGGUGACAUGUAGUCAAGAUUUUGUGUGAGUUGAACAUUUUGUGAUGUAAACAACUUGUGUUAGGUAUUUUAUUGUAUGUUGUAUAAGGUUUUCAUUAAUGAAAGAUGUCAUGAUUGUUUGAGUUUUAUUUAUUCAUAUGUUAACAUAAUUAAAACAUAAAUCAUUGAU